AUGACAGUGAAUAAUCCUGGUGAGGUGCCUCAGCAUGACAUAGAGAUGCUUGAGAUACCAGAUGAUUCUUCCAUUUCCAGUGAUGAACUGGAAACCUCUGGGCUCAAGAAUAGACUAAAAUUGCAAGACUGGCUCGAGACUCUGCAACGAAUGGAAUUCAAUUUCGAUCACAAACAAUACGAAGAAAGUUUAACACAAGCUGACGACUUUUCCAAAACCUACACGAACUAUGUGACUUCAUUGUAUAAGGUGAUCGAGAAGUUACUGGAAGAAAAUGUCGGUGGUUUGCCGAAUGACAUUGACGACAAUGAACCACUAGGAGUUGUUGUGGGAAGACAAGGAACCAAAAUCAACUCUAGCACCGUCCACAGAAACAAUGUGAUUGAUCGGGCCUUUGCUGAUGUCGUUGAUAUCUUACAAGUAUUCAUUGACAAGAUAGAUGAGAACCAUGAAGACAUUACGCUGUUCUAUCGUAUAUCAAACAUUCUUGAUUGCUUGCAAGCGAUUCACUUUCUGAGCCUGGGACAGCAAGUACCCGAACUUGUGUCCAAGUGGAUCAACAAGUACGAAAUGAAGCCAGAAAACGAGCUUGUGGAAUCUAUUAUGCUUAAAACUCGCACUCCAUACUCGCAUCCUCAAUUUUGGAAUACUUAUCUUGCCCAACUAUUAACUCGUGGACUUGUCCAACAGGCAUUCGAGGCUCUAUCUAAUUCUGGCUACGAGGAACUUAAGGAGUCGCAGCUGCAAGUUUAUGAUCUCAUCAAGGAUUUUGAGACGUUAUUGGGCUCCUAUUCUAGCAUGGCUCUCAAGGGUCAAUUUGCACAAUGGAAGUUAUCAAGCUGUGAGACGAGGGACUUAGCUCCUCGUGUGAAAGAGGACGUUGAGGACUCGUCGCUUCGGCAAACUGUGUCUCAGAUAUACGACUUAUUAUGCAUUAUCACAGGGUUACCAAAGACCAUUGCAUCAUACUGUGACAGUUGGUACGAAAUAUUCACAGCCUUAGCAUUCUUUCAAGUCAGGGACAGCGCUCUUUUCCGUGACUAUUUCGACAUUGCUACCAACGAAAAACCUCCACCUGCGGUUGACGUUUCUGAAGGCUAUGAUGAGUUGGAUAUAGACUUGCUCACAGAACAAUGUUUCGUGGAUAUCAUGGAGGAAAGCUUUGUCAAGGUAUUGACUACCAUAGACAAGUUAGAUCUGGCUACUGCGGCCUAUGUGUCUCGGUUGCUUGAGGUCAAAGGGUUGUUAAAAUCGUAUUAUGAUUUUGACGUAAAGCAAAGCGUAAACGAUUACAUGACACAGAGAACCAUUUCGGAAUACUUGUUAACUACCCAGGCGUACCAAUGUCUCAAUACUCAUGAUUUGGUCCCCGUUGGAAUCGGAUUGCUUCUCAAUGAGGAUAUUGCGUCGUCGAGCCUGUCCAUUGUUCACAACAGAAGAACCAUAGAAUCGUUCUUACCUCUCUAUCACUACCAAACCAACGAUGACUUGGAGUGGGGGCUCACCAUCUGUGCAACGUUAAACCUUGUGCACACUGCAAAGGAAUUGUACUACACUUAUGGUAUGAAUUCAUUGAAAGAAGGCUACAUUUACGAAGGGUUGAACAUGUUAGCCAAUUGCUACGAUCAACAGUCAACAUCAGAUACAUCAGUGAAAAGUAUGAGGGAAAUUCAUCGGGUUGUGUGGGAUAUAAUUUUCCAUGAAGCGGUCGUCAGCAGCCAAUUAUUCGAUGACGACCUUAUUAAUAAUGUUGUGUUAAAGCAAACAGCACCCGACUUCGAUAUACAUCCAGUCAUUCGACAGUGUCUUUCUCCGUAUGCUGUUUUCGCCGAGUUUUUGUUGGCCCAAAAGGAGCAAAAGACAACCGGAGUGUCUCGAUUGAUUCAUCUUCUUCGGUUUCAACAUUUACCCAAAAAGUUCUGCGUGGUUCUUUUCUGCCAGUUUCUUGGGUCUAUUCUUGAAUGUGACGCCCAGCUCCCUGAAAUGAUCAUGUUUGUGGAACUUAUAGACAACUACUAUACGUUGGCAAGCAAAGAGGAGAAAGCCGAAAGUGAAGAGUUAUACCAUGAAGCUUUAGCAAUGCCUCAAGUUGACGCAAAGGAGCAAUGGGACUGGAGACGACCAGUCAAAAAGCUAGGCAAGCCUAUACCCAGCAACGGAGACGAUGCGAUCAAGUUGUUGAGAAACGUUAUCAGCACCAAGAUUGCCGAAUUGUAUAUUAAGUAG